CGCGGGCCGGAGGGCCGAGGCAGGGGGCGGGGGUCGCGGCUGGGGGCGGGCGCCCCAUGGCCGUUGGCGGCGGCGGGCGACGAUGACCGACUACAGCGAGGAGCAGCGCAACGAGCUGGAGGCCUUGGAGUCCAUCUACCCGGACUCGUUCACGGUAUUGUCAGAAAAGCCGACGACUUUCACAAUUACUGUGACAUCUGAAGCAGGAGAAAAUGAUGAAACUGUCCAAACAACCCUUAAGUUUACCUAUAGAGAAAAAUAUCCUGAUGAAACUCCACUUUAUGAAAUUGUGUCACAGGAGAAUCUUGAUGAUAAUGAUGUCAUGGACAUAAUAAAGCUACUAGAACAACAGGCAGAAGAAAAUUUAGGAAUGGUAAUGAUCUUCACUCUAGUCUCAGCAGUACAGGAGAAAUUAAAUGAAAUAGUGGAUCAAAUAAAAACACGAAGAGAAGAGGAAAAGAAACAGAAAGAAAGAGAAGCAGAAGAAGAAGAGAAACAACGUUUUCAUGGCACUCCUGUUACCAUUGAGAACUUCCUAAAUUGGAAAGCAAAGUUUGAUGCAGAACUCCUAGAAAUAAAAAGGAAAAAAAUGAAAGAAGAAGAACAAGCGGGCAAAAAUAAAUUAAGUGGUAAGCAGCUGUUUGAAAUGGAUCACAACCUUGACACCUCUGACAUCCAGUUCUUGGAGGAAGCUGGAAACAGUGUGGAGGUCGAUGAAUCUUUAUUCCAAGAAAUGGAUGAUUUGGAGUUGGAGGAUGAAGAGGAUGACCCUGACUACAACCCUGUUAAUUUAGAUAGCGAUUAGACUUUUUUGAACUGGCUCUGUCAUCAGUAUGGACAUAUGUAAGCAGAGAGGGACAGGCAGGAAAGCCACAGUAUCUGUGGUUUUAGUAGUGUGUAUUGGUUUUCUUUUUUUUUUUUUUUUUUUCCCCCAAAGAAAAUAACCAAGAUAUUUUAAAUCCAGGAGAAUGGUCUUCUGCUGACUUUCAUAAUAAAUAAAUUAACUUUAAUAUUUCAGAUGAAAAAUUUUAGAAAUUUUGAUCUGUCUGAAAAUGCUAUUCUACUUGCUCUUACUUUUUCCCUCCCACUUCUGUAAUUGUCCUUUGAAGAGACGUGACAACGAGCAAGAUGGAAAGAUGUUAUAGCAAGUACUGAAGACACCUGCCUCUGAAGGCUGAGCAGCUGUUCUGCUAUCUUCCACCUGGGAUAUACAUGGGCAGCUUUGGUGAAUAAAAGGGAUCACAUACUAUGCAGUUAUUUUUUUUUAUGUUUUUUUCUUGUGUGGAAUUUUGUAACACUUGAAGUCAGUUCUGGUACCCCAACCUAGCAGCUGUAGAUAGGCAGUUCUAGUCACCUUUUAAUAAGGCCUCACUUUAAUAAAGUUGAAUGGAAAUGCUUUCCAUACCACUACAUAGUAGUAGAACUACUACAUAAAAUCUGCUGUCCUUGAGUACAGUAGUUUCAAAAUGACUAGUUCAAAUCUGUGGGGAAAAAAUCAGAAUGAGGUGGAAGUCCUCUUGAAAAGUUUGGUUGAUUUGUUCAGAGAGGAAACAUAAUAAGUGAAGUGCAGUACCAGGAUUUAUAGGGUUCUUAAAGGUCUGAAUGUAAUGGGUGUUGUUUUAGAAGCAUCGUGUUGGCAGCUUAUAAAUGCACAAUGUACAGGAAAGCUACACAUCAACUCACGGAUGUUAACCAUCCUGCAGAGUUGUGUAUGGAGCCAACAGCUUGAUGCUAGACGACUCCUCCCUUCCCACCUCCAAAAAAACCCCAAAACACUGCGAGAACUGUGGUGUUUAAACAUGCAGUGUUUGAGACUCCAUCAGCUAGAAGGAUGACUAUGGAUGAAGGUUUCAAAAGACAACUCUCCAAAUAGAGAACCACCAGGCGCCUCAAUGAUUAAACACUGUGUGCUGAAUUUUGAAAUACUGUUCGUAGACUGCCUUAACUGCACCAGCUUCAACCUUUGAAGAGGGUUGCACUAAAGUAUCGCAGUGUUUAGAGGAAUAAUAAAUUUAUGAAUUCAAUAUUUGGAAAUACUGUAUUCAGAAUUUAAUUCCGGAAAUAAUUUAAUGGUGUAUAAGAUUCUCUGCUCAUAUCGCUUGAGAACACCUGUUUAGGAUGAUCUCCUUUAACAUGUUUUCAGUAGUCUUUUCGUUUUGUAUUCGAGAUGAAUGAGUUUCUAUUAGGUAGAAAUAAAUGUUCAAGUACCUUGUAAAUACUUUUAUAAAUUAACCAUGUGCCUUUGCUCCUACUGUCCUCUAUUUGAUCUUUUUAAUUUUGGCUACUAAGAGCUCUAAACAAGCAUCUAGUUUUCAAUGAUAAUGUUGUAUGUUUCAAAGCAAUAAGCGAGAUCUGUGUUCCAGCAGUUACCAAAUAUGUUAAAAAAAAUGUGAGCUAAUGUGAUAUUAAAUCUGAAUUUUCCAAAGAUACAGUUGGAUUGAAAGAUUCAUAGUGACUACAUCCAGCUUCCUGUGUAAUUGCUAGGAUGCUUUAAAAUGCUCUUCAGUACUGGUCUUAAUUUACUUCUGGUAUGUCUCAAUUCAGCUGCAUAAAAAUAUUUAACUCCUAAGGCUGCUUUUCAUUUUCAGCAAUGUAUGUUUAAAACUGGCAUUUUUUCAUAGGAGUGAAUUAGUUCUCUUUACAUCUGAACUGAAUCCAAGAAUGCAGUGUAGUCUGUGCAAAAUGUGGUAAUCUGAGAAAAUUUUCCAAGUGGGUCACUGACAAGAAUGAUGUACGUAUGAAAAAAUGUUUCUUGUUAAUGGCAUUUCUAGAUUAAUGAAAUUUUCUAGUCUGUUUUCACACUAACAUAUUUAUUGGUUUUCAGGCAGAGGGUCUGUAGCUGAAACAUGUUAAAAUGUGAAAACACUUUCACUGUUACAUCUUAUAUUUCAAAGCAGAGGAAAUAAGGUUUGAAGUGACAAAAAAUUGCAUAAAGUCUGUUCCUCCAAGUCUUUGGAACAAGUUUCAGUGACUCAAUCUGAACUUCAGAUUCAUUUAGCUUUGUUAGCAAUUAACAUCUGUGAAAUAAAAGGGAAUUUGACUGAGAGUAA